AUGAAGCUCUUCCCUUUGGCAUUGAUAUUCUUUAGUGGGGUAAGUUUGAGGCUUUUAGGUAUUAAUAUUUUGAUUUUUAUUAUUCUUUUAUAAUUAUUAUAAAAGCCAAUUAAAAUUUUUUAGAAAUUUGAUUUUAUUUCAUAUUAUUAGGUUGUUCAAAUAAUUCUGUGCCUCAAAGCAAAUUUUUUAAAUUUUUGAGUUAUGGGGCUCAGAAUUAUUUGCACAGCGUGAUAUUAGGCUGUUCAAAAACUCCUGUGCCCUAUUUCUCCAAAAAAUUGCUUUGAGAUGGGGCACAGAAUUAUUUAAACAACCUAAUUUAUUCAAAAGUGUGGAUUUUAAACUUUUUUAAAAUUUUUCAGGCAGUUGCUCAAAUAAUCAGAGAAAUUGAGCAUGGACCUGAUGGAAACCUCAUCAUCAAUUUGGGCGGGUUACCUGAAAAUCGGUUUGUUUAUCAACAGGAAAAUGCUUUCAGAGCGGUAUGUUGACACUGUAAAUUUUAGUGCCGGGCGGGUAUUUUUUGUUUUUUUUGGACGGGGGAGGCUAAAAAAUUAAAUCUUUUUUUUUGGAAAUUGACAGGGAGGACCAAUUAAAUUAUUCAAAAUUUUUUUUUGGAAAAAUUUUUUAUUUUUUACAAAGUGACAAUUGGUUAAUUUUGCUACGUAUACGGUAGAGGGGUAAAGGUCAAAAAAAUUUUCAGUAAAAAUAUUUUUCAAAAUUAAUUUUUAGCGUGCCCGAGGAGUCUUAAACCAAGAAAACCGACUUCAAAUCAACGUAGACACAAACAAAAACCCUCAACCAUCUCCAGAAGACUAUGACUACGAUCUGUUCGGCCAAAUCACGGAAAUCAACUCAAAAGACGGGAACAAACAGAACAAGAAAGCCAAGUCUAACAGAGAUGGUGUGUUAGGCCUGUUGAUGCCAAGAGACGACCAGCCUCAAAACAAUCGACCAGUCGCCAAACCGUAUAUUGAUGUUGAUGUGCCUGAUUAUGGAAUGAACCAUGAAGCUUUCAUGGGACCUAGAGACAGUUUUUUGAAUGAAUUUGCAUCGGCUACGGUGAGACAUGGUGGAUGUAACUUCAAGGAUCAGCCGAAGAGUAAUGGUGCUAAGAAUGUGGCUCGCAGUGGUGGUAGGACUGUGGUAGGUUUGGGUCGUAUUUUUGUUACAAUGGCUCAUUAUUUUUUGAACAGUUUUGUAAGUGUAAAAUACGCUUUUUUGCUCUGCAGUACAUAUAAAAAGUAUAAUUUACUUUUUAGAGACAAAACUUCCUCAAUUCCGUGGUAUCUCCAGCCAGUUUAAGUGCAACAUACGAAAGGAAUGGGCAACUUGUAGCCCGAAAUGAUGACCUGCCACUUCCUGAAUGCUACAGAACUCAACAAGGCAUGCUAUGUUGUAAUAGAAUCUUGGAAGAGCUGAUCUACAGAGCCAGUGACAUUAUGAUCAACAAGAACCAAAACAAGUGCAACAUUGACAUCUACAGCGAGACUUUGAAGGUACGGAGUUUUGAGCGGGCUGUUUAUUUAUUAAAUUUUUUGAAUUUAAAUUUUUGAAUUUUUUAUUUUUUCAAAAUUUUUAUGUUGAAAAAAGUUUAAAAUUUAAUUUUUUUUUUGAAUUUCAGAAUUUGGCCGAGCAAGAGUUCCAAACAAGUUUCGAAGUGAUUUCGGCUAAUGGUGACUUUGCUGCCAAGGCCAACUUCAGAGAUAACUUAUUAUGCAAAUCUUUGGUCAAUUCCAAGUUUGUUCUUAUCUAUGCCACACCUGAAUCAUACGAUAUUCGGCCUGAAAACGUCAAACUGCCUUUGAGACAGUAG